UCUCCACCCUCUAGGAACGCCCGUUGAUAUGUAGAUGCACUAAAGCCAGGCGAGAUAUUCUUGAAAUACUACAAUUUCACCCACACUGGUUGUGGGGACUGAAGGAGAAAUGCAGGAGGCCCGGAGCAGCGCUGCACAGCGCGGGGGACCAACGCAGGAGGAAGCGGAGCGCUGCAGCCGCGAGCGUACAGGACCAGCGGCUGCCAGUCCGUGUCCCGCCGCCGCCCGCCUCCCGCACCUGCCGCCCAGCGCGCCGCAGCCCGGCCCCAGCAUGGCCGACCAGGCGGCCUUCGACACGGACAUCGUGACCCUGACCCGCUUUGUCAUGGAGGAGGGCCGGAAGGCCCGCGGCACGGGCGAGAUGACCCAGCUGCUCAACUCGCUCUGCACGGCGGUCAAAGCCAUCUCCACCGCCGUGCGCAAGGCGGGCAUCGCGCACCUCUAUGGAAUUGCAGGCUCUACCAAUGUGACUGGUGAUCAGGUGAAGAAGCUGGAUGUCCUCUCCAACGACCUGGUGAUUAACAUGUUAAAGUCUUCCUUCGCUACCUGUGUUCUUGUGUCAGAAGAAAAUAAACAUGCCAUAAUAGUAGAACCUGAGAAAAGGGGUAAAUAUGUGGUCUGUUUUGAUCCCCUUGAUGGAUCUUCCAACAUUGACUGCCUUGUGUCCAUUGGAACCAUUUUUGGCAUCUACAGAAAGAAUUCAACUGAUGAGCCUUCUGAAAAGGAUGCUUUGCAGCCAGGCCAGAACCUGGUGGCUGCUGGCUAUGCGCUCUAUGGCAGUGCCACCAUGCUGGUCCUGGCCAUGGCGAGUGGCGUCAACUGCUUCAUGCUGGACCCGGCCAUUGGAGAGUUCAUUUUGGUGGACAGAAAUGUGAAGAUCAAAAAGAAAGGGAGCAUCUACAGCCUCAAUGAGGGCUACACCAAGGAAUUAGACCCUGCAGUCACUGAGUACGUCCAGAAGAAGAAGUUCCCCCCAGAUAACUCAGCACCCUAUGGUGCCAGGUAUGUGGGCUCCAUGGUGGCUGAUGUCCACCGCACCCUGGUCUAUGGAGGGAUCUUUCUGUACCCAGCGAACAAGAAGAGCCCCAAAGGAAAGCUGAGACUGCUGUACGAAUGUAACCCAAUGGCCUACGUCAUGGAGAAGGCGGGAGGCUUGGCUACCACUGGAAAAGAAGCUAUAUUGGACGUCGUUCCCACUGACAUCCACCAGAGGGCGCCAGUCAUCUUGGGGUCCCCGGAUGACGUGAUGGAGUUCCUGGAGAUCUCUAAGAAGCACGCGGCCAAAUGAAAAGCUGGCUUUGCCACCACGAGAAGAUGGCUUUUUAUCUGGACCUUUCCUUUACAGCACUACCCAUUUUAACCAUGCAUUAUACCAUCAGUUCUAGACAGCAGAAAUAAACAAUGUGGGUACGUUCACCCCCAAAUACUUCGUAAUGCCUGGCACUGCCUAACCAAAAUGCUGUCUCAAUAAUGCCCUGGUGGAUAGAGGAGAAAUAAACAUACUCUUCAUUUUUCUAAAA